UUUAGUGUAUAUACACGAAAGGGAAAAGCAAAAAAAAAUUUUUUUAGAGAGUGUAAUGGGUGUGAGAAGGAAUUGAUUGUCCCGAUGCAUAUUUGUAUAUAAUUUUGCUUUAUAUUUUUUUUCUAACAUUUUUUUGGCCAAAAAAUUUCUUUCGAUUGUUUAAAUAUUUCUUUGUUAAUUAAUGAAAUAAAUAAAAAAAUUUUUCAGUGAGGGAAUUGUAAGUAAAUGGAAGAGGAAGCUCGAAAACCAAUUGCUUACAGGCCUAGGGCAUUGGAUGGAGGCUAUGGAUGGGUGGUAGUUUUAGGUUCCUUUUUAAUUCAUGUUUUUACUGACGGAUUUGUUUAUUCUUUUGGAGUGAUUGCUGAAUCGCUUAUUCAAGAAUUUAAUUCUUCCAAUACAGUUGUAUCAACUAUUCUUUCCCUUCUUACGGGGUUAAUGCUGGCUACUGGGCCGUUAGCCUCGGCAAUUUGUAAUCGAAUUGGUUGUAGAAUUACAACAAUUAUUGGAGCUAUUAUUGCUUCUUUUGGUUGUGCUAUUUCUUAUUUUGCCACUUCCAUGGCUUUUCUUAUUUUCUCUGUUGGUAUUGUGAUGGGGACUGGAUUUGGAUUAAUGUAUUGUCCGGCUAUUGUAAUUGUUACAAUAUAUUUUGAGAAAUAUCGAUCACUUGCUACAGGUUUUUGAUAAAAAUUGGAAAAUAAUGGAAAAUUUAAACAAGC